UGUACUGUUUGUAUUUGUUGUACUCUUGUACUGGCUGUACUGGGUCAGAAUUUUUUUUUUUUUGCUCUCAAUGAAAAUAAAAACUCGUGCGAACCUCUGAGCUUCUCUCUUCCCUUUUUACUUUUCUUCAUCAUUCUUACAUCCCUCAUCCUCAUCUCUUACCAUUACCACUCAAUCAAAUCUACUAUCCAAUUUUUAUUUCCUUUCCUUUCUUUUCUUUUUAUACCUCUUAUCAAUAUUUUUUGUAGUUGUUACGACUGACUCUUUAACGUUUGUCCUAUAAACAUACUCUAAUAUCUUCUGCGCUCGUUUAUUUACUUCUUUUAUUCUCUUAAUCAUCUUACAUCUCUCACAUAAUGACUAAUACCACUGAACCAACUGCUACUGUCCCUGUCGAGCAAGUCAAGCCUGCUGCUGAUACAGAUGUUACUGCCAUCACUCAGGUGACCGCCAUUGCACCCACUGUUGAAGAUCAAAAAAAACAGGAUCAGGAGGCUGAGGCUCUGGCUGCUGCUGCCAAGAAGGCUGCUGAGGAGGAAGCGGCCCGUUUAGCAGCUGAAGAAAAGACUGCGGAAGAGAAGCGCAUUGCUGAGAAGAAGGCUGCUGAGGAGGCUGCUCGCAAGGCCGCAGAGGAGAAAGCUGCAGAGGAAGAAGCUGCCCGUAAGGCUGCAGAGGAGGAGGCCGCUCGCAAGGCUGCUGAGGAAGAGGCUGCCCGUAAGGCUGCUGAGGAAGAGGCUGCUCGCAAGGCUGCAGAGGAAGAGGCCGCUCGCAAAGCCGCUGAGGAAGAGGCCGCUCGCAAAGCCGCUGAGGAAGAGGCCGCUCGCAAAGCCGCUGAGGAAGAGGCUGCCCGUAAAGCUGCUGAGGAGGAAGCUCGCAAGGUUGCAGAGGAAGAAGCUGCUCGCAAAGCCGCUGAGGAGGCUGCUCACAAGGCCGCUGAAGAAGAAGCUGCUCGCAAGGCUGCUGAGGAGGAGAUUGCCCAAGAAGCUGCUCGCAAGGCUGCUGAGGAGGAGAUUGCCCGUAAGGCUGCAGAGGAGGAAGCUGCCCGCAAGGCUGCUGAGGAAGAGGCUGCCCGCAAGGCUGCUGAGGAAGAGGCUGCCCGCAAGGCUGCCGAGGAGGAAGCUGCUCGCAAGGCUGCAGAGGAAGAAGCUGCUCGCAAGGCUGCAGAGGAAGAAGCUGCUCGCAAGGCUGCAGAGGAGGAAGCUGCUCGCAAGGCUGCUGAGGAGGAGAUUGCCCGUAAGGCUGCAGAGGAAGAAGCUGUUCGUAAGGCUGUUGAGGAGGCUGCUCGCAAGGCUGUUGAGGAGGAAGCUCGUAAGACUGCUGAGGAAGAGGCUGCCCGUAAGGCUGCUGAGGAAGAGGCUGCUCGUAAGGCUGCUGAGGAAGAGGCUGCUCGUAAGGCUGCUGAAGAGGCCGCUCGCAAGGUUGAAGAGGAGGAAGCUGCUCGCAAGGUUGAAGAGGAGGAAGCUGCUCGCAAAGCCACUGAGGAGGCUGCUCACAAGGCCGCUGAAGAAGAAGCUGCUCGCAAGGCUGUUGAGGAAGAAGCUACCCGGAAGGCUGCAGAGGGAGAAGCUGUCCGUAAGGCUGCAGAGGAGGAAGCUGCUCAUAAGGCUGCAGAGGAAGAAGCUGCUCGCAAGGCUGCGGAGGAGGAGGCUGCCCGUAAGGCUAUUGAAGAAAAGGCCGCCGAGGAGAAGCGCCUUGCUGAUGAGGAAAAGCGUGCUGCUGAAAAUAAGGCUGCUGAAUUAAAGGCUGCUGAAGAGGAAGCAAUUCGUAAGGCUGAGGAAGCUCGUCUUGAGGCCGAGACCAAGAAGGCUGCAGAGGAGGAAGCCGCACGUAUUGCUUCGGAAGCUAAAGCUGCCGAGGAGACGGCUGCCGAGAAGAAACGUCUUGCUGAAGAAGAGGCAAAAGCCGCAGAAGGGAAGGCAGCUGCCGAAGAAGCCGUGCGUAUCGCUGAAGAAGCCAAGGCCGCAGAGGAGAAGGCUAUUGAGGAGAGAUGCAUUGCUGAAGAGGAAACCGCUCGUAAGGCUGCAGAAACCAAGGCUGCGGAGGAAAAGGCUGCUGUGGAGGCCGUGGCCGAGAAGCAGGCUGCAGCCGAUCUGCGUCAUGCUGAAGAGGAGGUUGCUCGCAUUGAAGCCGAAGUUAGGAAGGUUGAGGAGAAGGAGGAAAAGACUGUCACAAGCGCAGAGGACGUUACCACAACUGAGCAAGCAUCAUCUUCUACUCCCGAUGUUACUGACAACAAGAACGAUGUUCCAGAGGUCACAGUCAUCCCAAGCUUGAAGCCUACUGAGGAGAUCAAGACAGAGCCUGUUGUUGCAGCAGUAGCAUCAGUACCCACGGCCGCUUCCGCCGCCGUAACAGCCAACGGCAAGAAGGAAAAGAAGGAAAAGAAGGAAAAGAAGGAGAAGAAGGAGAAGAAGGCCUGUAUCAUCAUGUAA